AAAUAUCUUACUACUGAAAAUGGCGACAUUGGCUACAGAUAAACAGGAGAACCUCCAAAAACGAAAAUUGGCAAUACAAGAAAAUGAUUCUGAGGAAGAAAGCUCCAGGAAUGUUAAAAUUGCCAAAACAGGAACAGAUGCACCACGACUGUGUCCUUAUUUGGACACAAUAAAUCGACAGUUUUUAGAUUUCGAUUUCGAGAAAUUAUGCUCAGUGUCAUUGUCUAGAAUCAAUGUGUAUGCCUGCCUCGUGUGUGGCAAGUAUUUCCAAGGCAGAGGCACGAACACUCAUGCAUAUACACACAGCGUUGCUGAAAGCCAUCACGUUUUUCUUAAUCUUCAUACUUUGAAAUUUUAUUGCCUGCCUGACAAUUACGAAAUUAUUGAUUCCUCAUUGGAUGACAUAAAGUAUGUUUUAAAUCCGACGUUUGACAAAGCCCAAAUUGGCCAACUAGAUAAAAGUGAUAAAUUAUCGAGAGCAAUAGAUGGCUCGUUAUAUUCACCUGGGAUCGUUGGGAUGAACAAUAUCAAAGCAAAUGAUUAUUGUAACGUUAUUUUACAAGCAUUGUCUCAUGUUACACCUUUGAGAGACUUCUUCUUAAGAGAGUCUAAUUAUGCUCAUGUGAAAAGGCCACCUGGAGAUUCUUCUUAUCUUUUGGUUCAAAGGUUUGGAGAACUAAUGAGAAAGCUGUGGAAUCCACGUAAUUUUAAAGCUCACGUCAGCCCACAUGAGAUGCUACAGGCUGUCGUCUUAUGGAGUAAAAAGAGAUUCCAAUUUACCGAGCAAGGCGACCCAAUCGACUUCCUUUCAUGGUUUUUGAAUGCCCUGCACUUGGCACUGAACGGUACAAAGAAACGUGAUUCUAGUAUAGUGUACAAAACGUUUUUGGGUCACAUGCGUAUAUACACGAGAAAAAUUCCGCCGCUUGAACUGGACGAAAGUCAAAGGAGCGAACUACUUCAUACUGUAGAAUAUGGAGAAACCGUGACAGAAAGUCCAUUUUUAUAUCUGACGUGCGAUCUCCCACCUCCGCCACUUUUCAAAGAUCAAUUCACGGAGAAUAUCAUUCCCCAAGUAAACUUAUACACGUUGUUAAACAAGUUUAACGCUGUAACGGAGAAAGAGUACAAAACGUACAAAGAGAAUUUCAUGAAAAGAUUCGAGAUCACAGAACUUCCUCCUUAUCUAAUACUUUACAUCAAAAGAUUUACGAAGAAUACGUUUUUCGUAGAAAAGAAUCCCACCAUAGUCAAUUUCCCAGUUAAAAAUGUAGAUUUUGGAGAUAUCUUGACACCUGAAGUGAAACAAAGGCAUCCGUGUACGACGUACGAUUUAGUUGCGAAUAUUGUUCACGACGGUGAGCCUGGCCAAGGAACGUACAGAGUUCAUAUUUUACAUAGGGCAACCGGUCAAUGGUACGAAUUACAGGAUUUACAUGUAACUCAAAUUUUACCUCAGAUGAUCACAUUAACCGAAGCAUACAUACAGAUUUACGAAUUAAAGAAAGACAUGCCUACGGAGAACGGUGAUAAUAAAAUUAAAAGAGCAAUAUGAUAAAUGUAAUUUUCUAAAUAAAGUAUUGCAAUUUUUCACUUUAA